CUAGCUAGAGUACCGGUACAGCGCACAUGUUUGUACCGGUAGGGAAGUUGUCACGGAAAACUCUGGCCCACCAAUGCUCUCAUAAAAGCCACCAACACAAAAACCAACAAGCCAAUCGAAAAGAAACAAGUUCUGUUGCUCUUCUUCAAUUUUGUCUCAGCCCUAAAUUAUCAAUAUGAUUUCUACUGCUUCUGCCAACUUCAUCUUUGCCUUGGUUCUUAUGACAGUGCUCUUGCUUGCUCCUUCCACCGAAGCAUGGAGCGGCAACAAGGCCUAUGACAACCGAAAUCUCUUUGGAGUUGUCGCCUCCAAGGAUUAUGAUGACUAUGGGUAUGCAACCGUGGAAGACGCCGACUCUGUUCCGGAUGCUUUUUUGAUUUUCAGCGCCCUGCUUCGAUGGCUCCGAUAGACGGCACGGUUGAACGCUUCGACGGCCACAAACUACUGAAAACAGCAUCAUUACCAACCACUCCGCACACAGACAGCACAUACACCCAAUCAUUGCCAUCUUUAAACGUAUCAAACUAUUUAUUUACUAAAGCAUACUAAGAACGAGUUACCAAACACCA